AUGUCUUAUUGUCAACUUAAUCGUUUACCAAUAGAAAUCUAUUAUAUAAUAUUUUCAUAUUUGAAACCAUUUGAAAUAAGUUAUUCAUUUUCAAAUUUAAAUCAAUUUUUAAAUGAAAUCUUAAAUGGUUAUGAUCUUAAAUAUUCAAUUGAUUUUUAUUUAAUUUCAUUCAAAGAAUUAUAUUCAUUAAAACAACAUAUUCAUCCUGAACAUGUUAUUCAUCUUUCAAUGCAAGACGAUGAAAAAAGCUUCAAGAAAAUUAAAUAUUUUUUAUCAAAAUUUAAUUUAAAAUUUUUUGUAAAUCUUCGAUCAAUUCAUAUAAGUUUUCAUAAAAAAGCUUUCUCUGAUAUGAUAUUUCCUUGUUUAUCAUCAUUACCAUUAAAUCAUUUAACAAAAUUAUCAAUACAUGAUUAUGGAACAAAUAAUUCCUUAUAUGAAUUAAUAACAUAUCAUGGAAAAUCUCUUCGAGAAUUAUCAGUUCUUCGUGCAUCAAUACUGAAUCGAAAUAUAUUUCCAAAAAAUCUUCAAAAAUUAAAAUUAUAUUCAGCAGAUAAUUUUUAUUUACGAACAAUUCUUCAAAGACUUAAUCAAAAUUCUUUAAUUAAGCUUCAUAUUCGAUUUGAUGAAAAACCAAUUAUUGAUAAAUUAUUUUCAAGUUUUCAACGUCAUUAUCAAUCUUUAACUUAUCUUUUUAUUGAUAUAAGUCAAAGUAAAUCUAUUCAUUUUCUCGUAGAGAAGAGUCCUUGCAACAAUAAAUUGGCUAUUCAUAGUCCACUAGUUGAUCGAAAAAUUAAAAAAGAUUCCUUUGUAUAA